CCUCAACACCACCACCAUCUCCCAUCCACCUCAUCCCAUCGUCUCGUCCGCAGCCCACGGAGGAGAUCAGCAGCCAUGGCGGGCAAGAAGGAAUCCCUCUUCCGGUCGCAGGAGAUGACCCUGACGCAGCUCUACGUGGCCAACGAGAUCGGGCGCGAGGUUGUCUCUGCUCUCGGAGAGCUGGGCGUGAUGCAGUUCCGCGAUUUGAACCCCGAAACAACUGCCUUCCAGCGUACCUUUACACAGGAGAUUCGCCGACUGGACAAUGUCGAACGCCAGCUCAACUACUUCCGCUCGCAGAUCGAGAAGAACAGCAUUGAGAUGCGUUCCAUCUACGAAUUCAGCAACACCUUUGCUGCACCCUCUGCCUCGGAGAUCGACGAGCUGGCAGACCGCAGCCAGAGCUUGGAACAGCGCAUUCAGAGCUUGAACGAGAGCUACGAGACCUUGAAAAAGCGCGAGACCGAGCUCACAGAGUGGCGAUGGGUACUGCGAGAGGCUGGCGGCUUCUUUGAUCGUGCCCGUGGCCAGACUGAGGAGAUCCGCCAGUCUAUCGACUCGUCAGACGAUGCGCCACUUCUGCGGGAUGUUGAGAACGCCAACGGAAAUGCCGAAGGUGGACAACAGAGCUUCAGUGUGAUGAACAUUGGCUUCGUUGCUGGAGUCAUCCCUCGCGAGCGGAUGGGUGCCUUUGAACGUAUCCUUUGGCGCACGCUGCGUGGCAAUCUUUAUAUGAACCAGUCCGAAAUCCCAGACGCUAUUCUCGACCCAGAGAAGAAUGAGGAGGUGCACAAGAAUGUCUUUGUCAUAUUCGCGCAUGGAAAGGAAAUCAUUGCGAAGAUCAGGAAAAUCUCGGAGAGCUUGGGCGCGGACAUUUACAAUGUGGACGAGAACAGCGAAUUGCGCCGUGACCAGAUCCACGAGGUGAACAGCCGACUGCAGGAUUUGAGUAAUGUUCUUGGAAACACCAAAAGGACUCUGGAUGCCGAGAUCACCCAAAUCGGACGCUCUCUCGCUGCAUGGAUGAUUGUGAUCAAGAAAGAAAAGAGCGUCUACCAGACGCUGAACACCUUUUCCUACGACCCGGCACGCAAGACUUUGGUCGCAGAAGCAUGGGCGCCAACUUGCAAUCUCGGACUGAUCAAGUCAACACUGCAAGAUGUUAACGAUCGCGCCGGCCUCACCGUGCCGACCAUCGUCAACCAGAUCAAGACUUCGAAGACACCGCCAACUUACAACAAGACAAACAAGUUCACCCUCGGAUUCCAAACGAUUAUCGAUGCCUAUGGUACCGCAAAGUACACUGAGGUCAACCCAGGCCUGCCGACCAUUGUUACCUUCCCGUUCCUGUUCGCCGUCAUGUUUGGUGAUUUUGGACACGGAGCCAUCAUGACUCUUGCCGCCGCCGCCAUGAUCUACUUCGAGAAACCACUGCAGCGUGGCAAGCAAGACGAGCUUUUCGGCAUGGCUUUCUACGGUCGUUAUAUCAUGCUCAUGAUGGGCAUAUUUUCUAUGUAUACCGGAUUGAUCUACUGCGAUGCUUUCUCCAAGGAAAUUCCAUUAUUCAAAAGUAUGUGGGAAUGGGACUUCCCGGACAACUACAACUCCACGAAAGGAGGAACCGUGAGAGCGCAUCGCGUGGAAGGCUACACAUAUCCGUUCGGCAUGGAUUGGAGAUGGCAUGACACCGACAACGACCUGCUGUUCAGCAACAGCUACAAGAUGAAGCUGUCCAUCAUCAUGGGUUGGGCCCACAUGACCUACUCUCUGUGCCUUUCAUACAUCAACGCACGGCAUUUUAAGACUCCUAUCGACAUCUGGGGCAACUUCAUUCCUGGCAUGGUUUUCUUCCAAGGCAUUUUCGGGUACCUCGUCCUGACAAUCAUCUGGAAGUGGGCAACAGAUUGGUACGCCAUCGGCCAACAACCACCUAACUUGUUGAACAUGCUCAUCUACAUGUUCUUGUCACCGGGCAAAGUUGAAGAGCCCCUGUACUCUGGACAAGGAGGAGUGCAGAUUGUCUUGGUUCUUCUUGCUGUGGCCAUGGUGCCGAUAAUGUUGUUCUUGAAGCCCUUCUACCUCAGAUGGGAGCACAACAAGGCACGCGCUCAAGGCUACCGUGGCAUUGGGGAGACUACCACCAUCAGUGCUUUGGACGACGAAGAUGAGUCUGGCCACGCAAACGGAGACGCCGGUCGUCCCAGCUUCGCAGAGAGCGACCUCGAUGGUGCAGUCAUCACUCAGGACAUCGGCCACGGUGAAGAUCAUGAAGAAUUUGAAUUCAGCGAAGUCAUGAUUCAUCAGGUCAUCCACACCAUCGAGUUCUGCCUGAACUGCGUUUCUCACACAGCUUCCUAUCUUCGUCUCUGGGCCUUGUCACUGGCACAUCAGCAGCUGUCCAUCGUGCUGUGGACCAUGACUCUCAAGAAUGCAUUCGGGUUUACAGGCGCAGUCGGCAUCAUGGUCAUCUUUGUUGCCUUUGUCUUCUGGUUUGCCCUCACAAUUGCAGUGUUGGUUGUCAUGGAGGGAACGAGUGCCAUGUUGCAUUCGCUCCGCUUGCAUUGGGUCGAGGCCAUGAGCAAGCACUUCAUCGGCGAGGGUGUCGCGUUUGAGCCUUUCAGUUUCAAGGCGAUGCUAGACGAAGAGCUGACAGAGUUGAAGUAGAGCAAUGUUAGCUAGCUGUAGAUCUACCUUGUACAAACAUCAAUCACCACCUGUCC